CUCCGAACCACUCGAGCAACAAGUUGUCGGGACCACCGCCACGUGAGAGACACGCGGCGGCGAUCACGGCCGCCGAGGUUCUUCGUGGCGACGGAGGACGGCGAUAGUGUCCGCGGGUGCUAUCAGCGGCUGGCUCAUUGUCCGCCGCGCUCUCGCCCGGGCAACAUGACUCGCCUGCUGCUGCCUCUGUUCCUGCUCGGCGCCCUGGGGAGCGGCCACGCCCUGCCCAGGCCGCGGCUGCAGGCGGACCUGAACGGCUACAUGGACAAGAUGAUAGCCUACCUGAAGGAGUACCUCAACACGCACGACAUGAACCCGUACCUCAUGCCCAACGUGACCCGCUCCCUCAACCUGCUGCUGCUGAGCUCGGAGCUGGACCUGUACAGCGGCCUACUGUACCAGCUGGAUACUAUACAGAGCGAGGCGGCCAGCAUGGACUACGGCAACCAGACGGCACUCAUCACCGCCGACCUGGGCUUCAACGAGCUCAAGUACGAAUACCCGUUCAGGGCGAGCGUGGACGGCCUCGCGGUGCGCGGGCUGGCGCACGGCGUGCUGGACGACCUGAAGGUGCGCGUCGAGCUGAACGCUGACCUCGCCAACCUCACGGACGUGCACGUCUCCCUGCAGGACCUCGUCAUCUCGCACACCGGGACGCUGACCGUGCUGCUGAACGUGGACGGCGGGCUCCUGGACUUCGUGGCCGACGCCGUGUCCUCCGUGCUGACCGGGGUCUUCAAGGACAUCGUCAUGGCCGAGGUGCAGAAGGAGGCCAAGGUGGCCGUGCAGAGCGCCAUCCGCGACAUCGACUUCAACGUGGGCGGCCACUAGCGCCUCCCGUCCUUCCCCCGGCUACCAGCCUCUCGCUGGCCCGGAACUCCUCUGGAACUCCUACUUGCUUGUGCACCAACUCCUCAACAGAAACUGUCAACAAGGGCUCGUGUGGAAUCAACAAUAUAGGGUCAAACUUUG